GUCCCCACAUCCCCCUCCGAGGCGAAGCAGAAAUCAGACGCUCCAUGAUUAAUCGCGGAGAGUUCGGGACAGGACCACAAGCGCUGCGCGGACUUGAAACUCGCGGCCUUUCCCGGUCCCCUUGCCAAGAUGGGAGUGGGGGGUGGGACGUGAAGGGGUGGGGGCCCCGCCUGCUGGGGGCCAGCAUGGAAUUCUCCCUGGCAGAGCUCGGAGUGACACUGACAGGCAAUCGGCGGGGUCCAGAGCAGCAGGCGGCAUCCGGGGGAGCGGGGCCCGCUGGGGGCGCCCCAGGCGGGCUUCCUGGAACCCAGGCUCCACGGCCGGCUGCGGCGCCCUGACACAGGCCAGAUAAGAGCCCGGCCGCACUAUCGGAGCCCCCAGCGCGCCGGUCCCCGAGGCACCGCGGAGACGGCAGGGACGGCGGCGCCGGGCUCCGGGGAGGCGAUCGCUGGGGCGGCCCCUCUGGACCGGCUUUCCGCAGCCCUGGCUCAUCUCCCCGUGCCCUGCGGUGGAUGCACGCCCACGCUGGCUUCAGCGGACAGCCAGGCUGCUGCGAGGAGGAUUGCGUGACGGGGUCUUGAAAGUCCAGACCUGCCGAUGGUGACAGCCAUGUCGGUGAGGGUGCGGUUCCUGUCCUCUGGGGACACGGGGGCCGUGGGCGUGGUGGGCCGGAGCGCCUCCUUCGCCGGCUUCAGCAGCGCCCAGAGCCGCAGGAUUGCAAAGUCCAUCCAGAGGAACUCCGUGAGGCCCCGCACACCCGCGAAGCCCUCCAAGAUGUACGGCACGCUGCGCAAGGGGUCCGUCUGCCCGGACUCCAAGGCGGAGCAAGUGAAGAAGGUCUUCGAAGCUCUGAAGCGAGGCCUCAAGGAGUACCUGUACCUCCAGCAGGCCGAGCUGGAUUACCUGUCAGGGCGCCACAAGGACACCCACAGGAAUUCCAGGCUGGCCUUCUAUUACGACCUGGACAAGCAAACGCGCUCCGUGGAAAGGCACAUCCGGAAGAUGGAGUUUCACAUCAGCAAGGUGGACGAACUCUACGAGAGCUACUGCAUCCAGUGCCGCCUGCGAGACGGCGCCUCCAACAUGCAGCGCGCCUUCUCCAGGUGCCCCCCCAGCCGCGCCUCCCGCGAGAGCCUGCAGGAGCUGGGCCGCAGCCUGCAGGAGUGCUCAGAGGACAUGUGGCUCCUGGAGGGGGCGCUGGAGGCCCACUUGGGCGAGUUCCACGUCAGGAUGAAAGGCUUGGUGGGCUAUGCGCGCCUCUGUCCAGGAGACCAGUACGAGGUGGUCCUGCGCCUGGGCCGCCAGCGCUGGAGGCUGAAGGGGCGGAUUGAGUCGGACGACAGCCAGACCUGGGAUGAGGAGGAGAAGGCCUUCAUCCCCGCGCUGCACGAGAACUUUGAGAUCAAGGUGACCGAGCUGCGCGGCCUGAGCUCACUGGCUGUGGGCACGGUGACCUGCGACAUCACCGACUUCUUCACGACCCGGCCGCAGGUCAUCGUGGUGGACAUCACAGAGCUGGGCACCAUCAAGCUGCAGCUGGAGGUGCUGUGGAAUCCGCUUGAUACUGAGAGCUUCUUGGUGUCCCCCAGCCCCACGGUCAAGUUCUCUGUGGGCAGCAGGAAGGGCUCCUUGUACAACUGGACGCCCCCGAGCACCCCCAGCUUCCGGGAGCGGUACUACCUGUCUGUCCUGCAGCAGCCAGCGCAGCAGGCCUUGCUGCUGGGCAGUCCAAGGGCCACCUCCAUCCUCAGCUACCUGUCCGACAGUGACCUUCGGGGCCCUAGCCUGUGCAGCCGGAGCCAGGAGCUGCCUGAGAUGGACUCCUUCAGCUCCGAGGACCCCCGAGACACUGAGACCAGCACAUCAGCGUCCACCUCGGAUGUGGGGUUCCUGCCCCUGGCCAUUGGCCCCAGUGCCUCCAUUGAAGAGGCCCAGGAGGACCCCCCACCCCUGGGCCUCCUGCCAGACAUGGCCCACCUGGCAGGAGGCUCGUUCGUGGAGCGGCCCGGCUGGCGGAAUCUGGGAGUCGAGAGCCCUAACCUGCCACGGGGCUCCCCGCUCCACAGCCACGCGAUGCCGCGCAGCCAGAGAGACCAUGAUGAAGGAGAAACGGGGGACGGAGCGGAAGGGCCGAGGUUGAGCCUCGAGAGGCCCCUGCAGGAGGUGCUGGACUUACUGAGGUGCACGGGCCCCUCCCAGCCCCGGCUCCGGGAGCUGGAGUACCAGGUCCUCAGCUUCAGGGACCGGCUGAAGCCCCGCGGAGGCCGCCGGGAGCACAGCUCGGCCGAGAGCCUGAUGGAGUGCAUCCUGGAGAGCUUCGCCUUCCUCAACGCCGACUUCGCCCCCCGUGAGCUGUCCCUCUUUGGGGGCCCCCAGGGUCCCCGAAAGGACAGGACCCUGCCCCCACCGCCGUCACUCAAAGAGUCGUCCAGGGAGCUCACAGCCGGCACCCCCGAGCUGGACACGCUGCUCACGGUCCACCUCCAAGUCUGCAAGGCCCUGCUGCAGAAACUGGCCUCUCCCGGGCUGCCGGGGAUGGUCCAGGAGUGCCUCCUGGAGGAAGCCGCGCAGCAGAAGCAGGUUCUGGAGACCCUCUCCGCGCUCGACUUCGAGAAGGCCAGCAAGGCGACAUCCGUCGAGGAGGUCGUCCCGCAGGCCACACGCAGGAAGGGGUGCCUGAAGCUGUGGAGGGCGUGCACCGCGCCCGGCGGCGUCCUGGCCUGCCCCGCCGCCUCGCUCCUGAGCCAGCUCAAGAAGACGUUCCUGCACCGCGUCAGGGGGAAGUACCCGGGUCAGCUGGAAAUAGUGUGCCGCAGGCUCCUGGAGCAGGUGCUCAGCUGCGGCGGGCUGCUCCCGGGAGCCGGCCUCCCCGAGGAACAGACCGUCACCUGGUUCCAGUUCCACGGCUACCUGCAGAGGCAGAGCGUCUCGGACCUGGAGAAGCACUUCGCCCAGCUCACCAAGGAAGUGAUGCUGGCGGAGGAGCUGCAGUGCACGGGGCAGGCCAAGACGGUCAGGAAGCUGCAGGGGAAGCGGCUGGGCCAGCUGCAGCCCCUGCCCCAGACACUGAGGGCCUGGGCGCUGCUCCAGCUGGACGGGACUCCGCGGGCGUGCAGGGCAGCCAGCGCCGCCCUGGCCAGCGCGGCCAAGAACAAGAGCUUUCGGGAGAAGGCUCUGCUCUUCUACACCAACGCCCUGACCGAGGACGACGCAAGGCUCCAGCAGGCUGCGUGCGUGGCGCUGAAGCAUCUCAGGGGCAUCGAGAGCAUCGACCAGAUCGCCGGCCUGUGCCAGUCCGACCUGGAGGCUGUGCGAGCAGCAGCCCGGGAAGCCACGCUGUCAUUUGGUGAGAAAGGACGCUUCGCCUUUGAGAAGAUGGACAGACUUUACUCAGAACAGAGAGAAGCAGCCUUUGGCCAGGAGGCAGAUGUGGAAAUCACGGUAUUUUAAAGAGCCUCAGCCGGUGAGCUCAAACCUGGCGUCUUCAUUUCUGCUGCUGCUGUCCCCACAUGGGGACUGGGCUGUGGACGGGGCGGGGGCACCCGGUGUGCGCCCCUGCAGGGUAAGCUGUCCAGAGCUGUUACAAGGCCCCAGGGCGCAAGUGGGGCUUUGGUGUCCGAGCGCAACAAAGGGGUGCCGCGUGUCGAAGGCUGACCUGCUUCCACUAAACUGUCGUCAGUUUUGGCUUUGAGAACCCGUCUCCCCCAGAAUGCAGCACCAGCCACACUACGAAGGAGCCGGGGCCCGGCAGGUGGGGGCCCGGAACGAAAGGCUCCAAGGUGAACGUGAACUUGUCUCCUUGCACGUCAGCUGGCUCAGCUCUUGUGGCUCAAGGAAGAUGGGGGCUGGGGCAGCCGGCAGGCCUGUGAGCUUGCUAAGGGAAGACUGAUGUAAGGAGUCAUUUCCAUGGCAGCAGCUGUCACCCAGGGGACCUGGGGACGGUGGGAGGGCACACACAGCCAGGCCUUCCAUGAUUCAACUCUCAACCCGAGUGGUGGCAGCCUGCCGCCCACGGACCU